UGGCGCAGUUGUUUGACAACUCCAGGAGACAUAACCUGGUGCUCACCUGACAGAUGAGUUGUUGAACAGAGUAGAACAAGUGCAAUAAUGAAGAAUCAUAAUCAACAGUAGAUCAGCGAUCGGUUUUAGUCUCAAUGAAAAAUGUCAUCCACACAUUUAUCCAGUGGUAGAUUGAACAUAGGUCUUCUGCAGGAGCAGACGAGAAAACAGCUGGUGAAUCUGAUCGAGAGGUGUGAUGGGCCGAAGGCUAUCGUUUGGGACCGAUCCCUGGAUGGUCCAGUGGGGCUCAUCGCCAGGUACAGUCUCCUGGAGGAAUACGGGGUUGUGAAAAUGUAUCAGCUGGUGGGUGGACAACUCCCUCCCACAAAUGUUUCCAACAUAAUAUUCAUCGUUCGUCCACAUUUGGAUAUGAUUGAUUUAAUUGCCGAGAAUGUGCAUGGGGAGCAGAACAGAUCCCCGAAGGAAUUUCACAUAUUCUUCGUUCCUCGAAAAAGUCUCCUUUGCCAGAAGAAGUUGCAAAACCGGGGUGUCUUCGGUAGCUUCACCUUGAUCGAGGAAUUCCCCUGCGAUCUCUUCCCCUUCGACAGCGAUCUGAUGUCGAUGGAGCUGAGUCAGACGUACAAAGAAUUCUUCCUGGAGAAUGACCCCACAUGCUUGUACCAAGUGGCACAGGCGAUUAGGCGUCUCCAAAGGCUCUAUGGAAAGAUCCCAAGGGUGACAGGUCGUGGUCCAGCAGCGAACAAAGUCUGGGAGCUGUUGAAACGUCUGGAUCGAGAGGAAGAGGACGUAAAAUUGGAGCGUGGACCCCUGAGCACUCCCCCAAUCGAGCACUUGCUCCUCGUAGAUCGAAGUAUUGAUCUUCUCUCGCCCCUGGUGACUCAGCUGACGUAUGAGGGUCUCAUCGACGAGAUCUUUGGCAUCCAGAACACAACGGUCCAGCUACCAGCAGGAAAAUUCAAGGACAAUGACGACUCGCCCACUGUCAUGUCAGUCGAUAAAAAGGAGAAAAUAGUCCUCAACUCCGGGGAGGAAUUAUUCGCUGAGAUAAGAGACAAGAAUUUCAACGGAGUUGGUCCUGUGCUCAGUCAGAAGGCCAAGAUCAUCUCGUCGCAGUUCGACGAGAGACACGGGGACAAGAGUGUCCAGGAGAUUAAGCAAUUCGUGGCGAGACUUCCUCACAUGCUGGCGACCAAGCAAUCCCUCGCCAGACACACGACCAUCGCAGAGAUGGUGAAGGAAGUUACCGAUUCUAAUGACUUCCUCGAGUGUCUCCAGGUCGAGCAGGAGCUCCUCAACUGCAUUGACACUGACAAACCCAAUGCCUUUAUUGAGGACUGCAUAGCACAGCAGAAACCUCUGCUGAAGGUUCUCAGGCUUCUCUGCAUUCAGUCCCUCACGAAUUCUGGACUUAAGCAGAAGCUCCUGGAUUAUUAUAAAAGGGAGAUCGUUCAGACUUACGGUUAUCAGCAUCUUCCGACAUUGUUGAACCUGGAAAAGGCGGGAUUGCUGAGGGCUCAGCAGUCCAACAGGCAGUAUGCUGUCCUCAGGAAGGCUCUCAGGCUUACUGUCGAGGAUGAGAGCGAAAUAGCACCCAAGGACAUCAGCUAUGUCCACUCGGUUUAUGCACCACUGAGUGUUAGGCUGGCAGAGCAGCUCGUACAGCCUGGCGGGUGGCAGGGGCUCAAUGAUGUCCUGGGGCUUUUGCCUGGACCUGCUGUCAGCACUGACUCCCGGGGGACGAUUUCCGGCAUGAGACGCGGAUCUUUCACGAGUGAGGAUUCUACCGCAGAGCCUCCAAGACUUGUUCUCGUUUUCUUCAUUGGUGGCUGCACCUAUGCCGAAGUCUCUGCUCUGAGAUUUCUCUCCCAGCAGGAAGAUCUCAACGUCGAGUUCGUCGUUGGUACCACGAAGUUAAUAAAUGGAAAUACGUUCCUCACUUCGUUGAUGGACGAUUUGGAGACUUCUCGAAAAUGAAAGGAACACAUUUUGUAAAUUACCAAAGACAAGGGUAUAGAUUAAAUAUACAACAGUUUAUAUUAA